AUGUUGUCGAUUAUCUUCAUUUAUAUUUACUUCCUCACUUUUCUUUCUUCCACUGUCCAACACCGCUGUCUUGGGUUUUGCGACGUAUACCUAAGUUUUAAUGAAACACUCAAUGCCAUCCCGUCUACUUGCGAUAAAACAUUUGAAUCUGGCGAGUGUUUCACUGAACUUAGUUUUGAUUACGUAUCAAAAUUGAUACAUGUCAAAUUCGGGGAGCAAAGUGUUGUUAGUGCAAAUGCAACAUCGGACGAUUAUUAUCUAUCCCAUGAGACGGAAAUGUGGCAUGAAACGUUCAAUGUGCAAUGGACUAUAUUCAAACAUAAAUGUUACAAUGAAGACACCUGUGAUUUGAAAUACGUUAAUACGAAAAUACUCGAAAUGCGCAAAUUAAUUUGGAAUUUCGCUGAAUUUCAACAGAAACUAUAUUCGGCAUUGUUCACGCCUGACUCAACUUUGGACACCAUUCGGUGUGCGUCAACAGAUGGUCAACCAGCAACGUGUUCUGACGAAAUCAAGUCCUGCAGUCUAAACAUGGACAAUCUUCGUUUCAAUAACACACAAAGAGGUUGUUCGUCGCGCAGCGAUGAUCACGCACGAAAACAACUGGGAAUCAAAGAGGAAACAGCCUACUUUCUCGAUGGCAAAGAAGAUGCUCGACAAAGUCUAGUUGAAUAUGUUUGUAAUCAUGAUUUAUGUAACGAACGAGAUCCAUAUCAUAUUGUCAUGAAAUUAUUGAUCGAAUACAAUCUAUUACGUCCAAAUACACCAAUAGAACCUCCGUUUUCUAUGGCCAGUUUGAAUCAACCAUGGUAUUGCACCACUGACAAUGGAAAAAAUCUUGCUAGCCAGUAUAAAACCGUCAAAUUUCUUCAUUCAAAUUUAAUCAUCUACCGACGUGCGAUGCCUUUCGAAUCUCUUCCAGACGAAUUAUUACUAAUCAUCUUUAGUCAUCUCCACCAGAUCGAUGUGAUCCGAACAUUUACAAACCUUAAUCAAAGAUUUCAGCGAAUGAUCAUCCCAUUUGCAUCUGUCAUCGAUCUGACGUAUCGAAAUAUACCAUCCUAUCGACUCUAUCAAUCAUUUUGUCAAGAUGUUCUUCCAUGGCAUGGACCAAAUAUUCGAUCACUCAGACUAGCUGGAAAUCAACAACUGUAUUUCAUUCAACCGCAACUGCAUCGGUUAAUGAAUCUACAGUCUCUCACAUUGAUUGGAGAAAGAUCGUAUGAUAUCAAUAAGUUCGUCAUAGAAAAACAAUUUCUCAUUGAUAUUCUGACAACUUCGUCUUGUCUAUCAGAAUUAAUAAUCUUUCCGGCAGAACGAAACGCAUUGCAUAUAAUUGCAUCUCACUCAUCACCUAAUUUAUCCACAUUGACUUUACUAUUUUAUAACGAUAUACCAAAUUUUACACUUACUACAUCAUUGAUAUUUAUCAAACGUUUGUAUAUUAAUCUUUGGUCACUCAAAGCAGUUAAACAACUAUUGAGAAUACUGCCCAGUAUUGAACAAUUGUAUUUAUCACUUCUUCGUUUCAAAGACUCCACAAAUUGUCAUCUCAUUCAAGUUCCACCCACACUAACAAAAUUACAUCUCGAAAUCAAUGGAUUUUGCUAUUCGCGAUAUGGACCACAAUUUGACUACAUCUAUCAAUUCCUAAAUGCUUUCAAAGACCGCAUAUAUUCAUUAGAUCUCAUAUUCAUCAACGCACUUCGCGAAUUUUCGAUCUAUAAUCGAUUUCAAAGUCUGACAAAAGACUUCGUUAGACUUCAAUCAUUUCAAUAUUAUUUACAAACUCGGUACCAACCGCAUUUCCCCCAUUUGUUUUCAAAUGUUGAGCAAUUACAAAAUUCGACGUAUAUUCUUUAUACUCUUCCACGACUUCAACCAUUCGAUNUCAUCAACGCACUUCGCGAAUUUUCGAUCUAUAAUCGAUUUCAAAGUCUGACAAAAGACUUCGUUAGACUUCAAUCAUUUCAAUAUUAUUUACAAACUCGGUACCAACCGCAUUUCCCCCAUUUGUUUUCAAAUGUUGAGCAAUUACAAAAUUCGACGUAUAUUCUUUAUACUCUUCCACGACUUCAACCAUUCGAUACUGUAUCUAAUCGAACAUCAGUGUAUCAUGACAUGAAUUAUAACCCGAAUCAGACGUUCGUGCAUAGUUAUGAAUGUCCUCUCAUAAGUAAUCAUUUUGACGAUGGGCAUUUACUGACACCGACGUUAGAUGAACAAUUUAAACUUGUUAAUGUGCACCAGGUAACAAUCGAGGGUGUCAGAAAUAUACGAAGUAGUCUGUCUGAGUUGUUCUCGAAAGUAAUCAUGAAUUCGUUGAGCCUGACGGAUAUACGCAUCGACGAACCGGCAAAUGUUUGCAUUCAAAUCCUUCACAACAUCUCAGUCAGACAGAGAAAGCAAAUUAUCUAUCUAGAUUUGCAAUAUGAUCGCUCCUUCGAUUGGGGCAAGUCAGUUUCUGUUUUAUCAGACAUGUUACCAAAUUGGAAGAUACUUGGACUUACGCUACGAUCACACCGCAUUCACCUUGAGUACUUCCACGUUGCUAGUAUUAUUAAAAAUCUUCAAAAGUAUUGUCGGACAUUGUCGGUGCUUAUACUGGAACUACGGAAAUCGGAUGAAGAGUUUAAAUCGAACUUCAAGCGCAUCAAAACAGAACUGUAUGAACUGAGCGUACGAACAAUGGAAACUCGACCGUUGUGUUACACAACAAACGGCGACAGUGCCGCUCUCUUGAUAUGGCUUUGA